GCUGUCGUGUUCGGUGGCGUUGCGCACCCAUCGCAGGAUUGCAGUGCAAAUUGUGUAAAGAGUGACGUCAUGUAGCCAUGUAGCUUGAUUUGUGCGAUGCUGAGCGCUUUUCAUUGCUAUCCGUGUAUAACUGUGUGCUACGCGUGGGACUAACAUCGGCUGCGUUUUUCGUGCGUGGCUUCCUGCAGUUCUCGCUUGUUCUGGGACAAACAAUCGGCUCAGGCCCACGGCAUCCUGGUCUCGGGACGCCGCCCACCUCGGACGAUUUCACGAAAAGGAACGGCGGCAUGGCGUCGGGGCCCAGUGAUCUCGGUGGCAUCCUAAGUGAAAUCCCCUGCGUGGAUUUCAGACGGCUCGCAGCCAGGAUCAAGAGCAUUUCGGUGAAGUUUAAAGCCUGCGGUGUAGACCUCGACAAGCCGUGCAGCAAGACUGCGGAGAGCGCGAGCCGCUGCUGGAUAACGGGGCAUCUGCCCGCGCUGAGUGAAGUGAUACGCGUCGCUUCGAUGCACGUGUUCGAGCAUGCUCCUGGCAAGUUCGCGAUGAGCUCUUUUCCGGACGUCGACCCAGAUUACCAGAACCCCGAGAGCACCCUCCUAGAAAGUGUCGCGCUAGUGUAUUCGCUGCUGAAAGAGCACCGAUGUAUCACGCGCCUGGAGGUGGGUGAUACAGCUGUUUUGUUCUGCUACUUCCCUAAGCUCGUUUGCAAAGCGCUGCGGCAGAACAAAGGACUAGUGGAGGUCCGCGUUUAUCCCGGUGACGUGAAAGGUAUUUGGCGCGGAGCGCACGCAUUGACUAUCCUAUCUUCCGCCAUGGCAACGCUUUAUUCGGGACUCGAUGUCCUGGACGUCAACGAGCUCAUGCCGAGCGCCGAUUCGGUAGGAGGAAUAGCCGAAGCGCUCAGGAGAGGCAGCUUGCGCCGUCUCGUUAUCAGGAACGGCAUUUCGAGCAAGAUUUCCAGGAGAUUGUUCCGCGUCGUCGGGUGUUCUUCCUCUUUACGCGAGCUCGAAAUCGGGUGUAACAAGAGACUGCCACUAUCGAACGCCGCUAUCUUGUCCGAUGCGUUGAAGCGUAACAAAACGCUGCGAAAACUUUCCAUAGAAUGGGUGUUGGGAGAAGACGCUGUUGGAACAAUACUCAAAUCCUUGAAAGACAACACAACCUUGGAGGAGCUAGCACUUCUCUACUCGUACUACGAACCGAACCACGUCCUUUGGGAAGGCUUGGAGGCGCUACGGUCGAACCGUACACUCAAGUGCCUGAAGCUCGUGGAAAUUAGCUUGAGCAACACGUGUGCUCUAAUCGUAGCAGAUAUUCUGCGGGAGAAUGACGCGCUUCAGGACGUCCGCCUUUCCCAGAAUAAGAUCACCGAUAUCGGAGCUGGCGCGCUUGCCAAGGCCUUGCAGCAAAACACGACUUUAAAGCGCCUGGACAUCUCUGAGUGCACCUUGAGCUGGGAAGCCUUGUCGAGCUUCGUAGAAUCGCUCUCGCUCAACACCACGGUCGAGUACGUUCGACUCGGGGUCGUUGACGUUCCGGAGACGUGGACACCGAGUUCGCCACUUACUGCGAACCUCUGCGCUCGCCUGGAUGUCACGUGGAACACCCGUGGUCUCGAAGAAUGGGCUACGUCGCUACGGCAAGGGGAGCACCACCUUCAGCGACUUUGCGUCGGCUGGACUGCGGAUGCCAAGUCGUCCGGCGUCGUUCACUGGUUCGACGCGGUGCGAACGAGCGGCGUCUCGCUCACAGAACUCGUCAUCAACUGCCCCGGAACAGUCGCUCAGGAAUGCUGGCGACGCUGCUGUGUCUUUUCCUCGAGAGUACGUGUACCUUGAAGAAGCUUACCGUGGAGACUGUCGACCGCUCUUACGGCUACGUGACUGCCAUCAUCCGGGGCCUUGCCCGUAACAAGAGUGUCAGCGAGGCCAAAUUUCACCAGUGCCUUCACAUAGACCAGGACGUCAAAGCGC